UGUUUCCUCAGACGAAUAUGUAGCAUGUGAACUGUUCCGGGAUGUCGAAGCGAUCGAAAGCUGCGUCGUCUCGCGAAACGACUCCUCUCAACUGGGGUCUGUUGGGUUUUAGCGUGGGAACCUUCGUCGAAGUGAAGAACGAAAACGAAGAAUGGUGCCCCGCAACGGUUACCGUCGUGCAAGCGUCUGCUGAGCGUGUUCACGUUCGUUACAGCGAUUACCCUAAUAAACCUGAUGAAUGGGUGCAAGUGCCAAGUGAUUCCGUGCGCUUUAUGUCUUCUGACGCUAUUCAGAAGGUUACCAUCAGUGAAAUGAAAAAAUGCGGCCGUGAAAUUCAAGCUUUUAAACAAGGAGAUUAUGUGUAUGCUCCGUGGACGAAUGGUUCCAGGCAUGCAGCAAAGAUCUUGAAUGUUGUUGAAAAUUCGGACAAAGAUGAUCCGGGAAAGGCCUUGUACGAGGUCCGAUUCCAUGACGGAUUUCUUUUGGUUGUUCCUGGAAAGAGACUGCGUCCUCUCGAUCCUGCUAUCUUCCACGAUGAGCCAGUAUUGCGUGAAAGUAGGAACGUUUUCACGCCGGAAUCCGCCAUUCAAGACGUUGAAGCACACUCGGGGAUUCGUCCGAAAAAGCUGCGCAUGGACUUGAAGGAGGUUUUCGGUCGUCCACGUACCUCCUUCGCCGAUUCGUCUGGAUCCAAGAAACGUGGCUCUGGGUGUCAGCGGACUCAACCGCCUGAAACCAAAAUCAGCUUCCCGGGACCCACAGCUAGGUUUUCUUGUGCACCCCCUGAAGCGUCCAAGUCUCGAAAGAUAGCUGUGAAAGCAAAUGCAAGAGUAACGAUAAGUUCUGGGUAG